CGAUGUCGCCCCUAAUGUGUUUCUGACAAUUAACUCAUCCCUGAGGUUCAGUAAAUAAUUCACGACGAAAAAGGCGUGCUUGUUUGAAUGAAAGUUCUCGAAGAGCGCAUAGCAAUGGACCUCGUCGUCCUGAACAUCAUAAGCAUUCUGGCCUUGAUGUUCUUUCCAAUGAAAAUGAAAGGUCAACCAAAGACUAUUGACGCACUUGGUAAAGGCAUAGAGAGAAAUGCUCACACUGGUGUCGCUUUUGCCAGAUUUAAAGCGCACAAACUGUCCCACCUGAACAUAACAGCACUUGGAGCAGAUUAUGUCCACAGCAGUAAAGAUUGUGGACUUGCCUGUAUCAACACACCCUCGUGCUUUUCUUUUAACCUGGCUGCCGUUGUCGAUAUGAACAGUAAAAUCCUUUGUGAACUGCUUCCCUCGGACAUCCACAACAACUCGGACAAGCUGGUUGCCAAUCAUCUUUUUCAUCAUUUCAGCAUCUGGUCUCCGUGCUUAAACAGGCCUUGUCAAAACAAAGGCACCUGCCGUUCAAAUUACGAGAGCAACAGUUACGUGUGUGUUUGCACGGAAGGAUACACAGGAAGUAACUGCGAAGCAGGUGUUUGACCAAAUUAGAAUCAGAAACUAACCCAUAUCCCCGAGCAUGUACCAACAACCAUAACCGGCUUUGGAAACUCAACACUGACAGCACCCUCUGGCCUAAAGAUGACACCAGCAAAUGCCUCUUCCUGAUUGAACCUGGAAAUAGUGAUCUUUCCUCCGGCUUUUAAGUGUUGCCUUGCAAUUCCAACGAUCUUAACAAGAAGUUCAAUUUCGAGAACCCGACACAACAGUUGCCGAGUGAGCCUAUGUUGCACACGUUCUUUAAACUCAAGGCGAAGAAUGACGGGUUCACCUCUAAUGAUUGGCAAGGGCAGAAUCUGUGCUUGGCGCACAGACCGAUUGGAGUCCACGACCAUUCGCCUGUGGUCGUCCUAGUCCACCAAAUGUGUACUGGUGUAUCAGUGAGGUCGUUCCAAUCUCUGAGUACGGAUAGUUUAAGUUUGAGCCAGUUUCAGAGUAAACCAAAGUUGUGCAACGGAUCAUGCAAUCGAAGAAAUCUGAACGAUAUGAUGCGAAAGGGAAUAAAAAUCAUUUUUGUGACUAGAAAGCUGCAUAACAGCUUCAUAAAAAUAAAGAUUAUGCGCCGGUGAAUAGCUUGUUCAUUUUUCUGUGUGGCAGAAUGCAAAUAGCUCUUAACAGCAAUUCUAGUCACUCUCA